CAUAUGUUUACUAGUCGUAUCCGUGGUGGGAGUAAGGAUCAUAUCCGCAAUCCGCCCAUCCAAUCCAAAGAGUGCGUACAGUGGUUACCAAAAAAACAAGAUCUUGUGAAGUGGAGUGAGAAGUAAACUGGAGUAAACGUUAGCUUUUCUUCGUUCGAAUAAAAUUUCAUCUUUGGCAUUUUAUAGUAUUGCGUUUCAUCACAUGAGUCGGAAAUCUAAAGGCCGAUAAAGAAGUACUUUACUGUGGGCCUAGUGUUCACGCAAAAGAGCAAGAUGAUCGCUGUUAUGCUUCUUCCCGAUUUCGUGUAUCGUUGAUUGCCUUCUCAUGUAUAAUCGUGCAUAUUUAUACUAAAGGUCUACACGUCUCCUCUUUCUUUUUUACUAAUGAGAAGAGCACAAUGUUGAAGUACAUUUUUCCCGUUGCGAUCAUUGUUAUUGUCUGUCUGUUACACCGAUCAGAGGCACAGUAUGACGAUAAGAGAUGCAAGUGUAUCUGUCCAAGUCUCUCUUCCGUUACAAACACGACGCAGUCGUCCAUGGAGCGUCUCACGUAUAUUAUAAAUGUUCCACCGAUGCAAUGCAAAUGUGAAAGUGUUGUCUUGCCAAAAGUUGGUGAACAAAUAAAGGGCAAGGAGGAAGUAUUUUGUUCGCGAUGUGACUGCAAAUAUGAAAACAGAAAUACAACUAUUAUUAAGAUUGUGGUGAUAAUAGUUAUAUGGGUUAUCUCAUUGUUAGUCAUUUAUAUGUUAUUCUUAAUUUGUCUGGAUCCAUUGCUUAAUAAGCGGAUACAUAAAGCAUCAGCAAAUAUUGGUUAUCAUGAACAUAACAAUGAGGAGGAUGACACAUCUAUUGCACCUGGAACAUCUCAUCCAAUGGGGGAAAGAGGUAAUGUUUUGAAUCGCGUUGGACAUCAGCAAGACAAAUGGAAGCGACAGGUUCGGGAACAGAGGCGGAAUAUUUACGAUCGUCAUACCAUGCUGAAUUAAGUUACGUAGUUUUGUUUAUUAAAUAUGUAAUAUAUUCAAACACACAGAAUACUUCUAGUUAUGACGAUGAUUUCGUUCCUUUCGGAGCAGACCUUCCGCGAAUAGUUUGUAAAUAUAAAAUAUUGUAGUAAUAAAGUAAUAUCAAACGUCAGCGAUUAUUUCUUAAAAGUCUAUCCAUAGUUUGUGUUACGAUUGAUAUUAAACGAAAGUGAUAUAUUCAGAUUUUAUAAUUUAUUUUGAUCAUAAAGUACAAUAAAUUAUUAAAUAUGUA